AUGAAACAAACAGUCGAUAUCGGAGGUUCAUAUUUGACAUUAAGUAAUGCAGUAUGUUCUAAAGCUCAUGCCAAAAUUGUACUUGUUAUAAUGGCUGGUGAGAAAGGAUCACAUAUUCGGGAUGAUACACCACUAAAUACUGCAAUCAGAGAAGAUCAAAAUCGACACCAUUUGGCUGUUACCUUAUAUGAAAAUACCAUCUAUCGAAUACGUAUUCAAUUGGAUUGUGACCAACCCUCCAGUAGAGGUUCGUUUAACAUCAAUUGCAAUCUUGCUUACGAUGUGAAUGUCUAUAUUGAUCUAAAUAAUGAUGGAAGAUUUGAUGAAUCCGAAAGUCGUGUUCCUCAUCGAUGGCCACUGCGUAGUACAAUGACAUUAGGCAUUUAUGAUUUGGAAAUUCCUAUACCUAGUAUCGAUGGACUGACUACUAAAGAUGGAUCACUCAUCAUGCGCAUUGUUGUGAAAUCAAGUGAAGAGUAUAACAGAAUAUGUGGCAGAUAUGACUACAGUGAAACACGAGAGUACACAGUCAAUAUUAUUCCAAAGGAACCUUCAAAAGAAAUUUCACAGGAUACGUAUGUUACAGACUAUAGAUUGACGCAUUGUUCACCUGGCAAUUUAGUCUGUUCAGUAGGCCAUAGUGCUAUUUUUUCUGUGAGUAUAUCUGGUGAACAAAAUACACAAAUUCGAGAUGAAACGAGAAAAUGUAGCUCAACAAAUAAUUAUAAUGAUCAAAGCAAUCUAGCUGUCACAUUAUUCGACAAUACAUUUUAUACUCUUCGCAUUGCAUUAUCUUGUGUCCAACAAUCAGACUAUGAUAAUACAUAUAACCAAGAUCCAUAUGCGUUCGAAACAUACUGUCGUGAUACUCGCUAUCUUGGUAUGUGGAUAGAUUUCAAUAAUGAUGGUACAUUUGAUGACAAUACAGAACGAAUUAUUCCUAACCAUUGGUAUACAGAUGAUCCUCACAUGACUCAGAGUGAUAUAAGUUUUACUAUUCCACAAAUUGAUGGUAGAUAUUAUGUAGGCGGACAACAUCGAGCACGCAUUGUUUUGGUACAAGAUACAAGAAAUCGUAAGCCAUGUCAAAACAAUGGUUAUGGUGAAGUUCGAGAUUACACAGUUAAUAUUAUUCGAAAGGAAGUUUCAAAGGAAACGCAUGAUACAGGUAAUAUA